AUGGCCCACCAACCCGCAAUCAACUACUGGCAGUGGAUCUACUCUGGAGAUGCCGAACCAUUGCCGUCUAGUGAAGGACAGGCGCCGGUCCGCGCGCUUGAUCAGACCGCGUUCUUGAACGAGGACGAAUUCAUGUACUUUGACGAACCAAGAUUCAUGCCCAAAGUCGAACAAUACCUGGCAGUCGAUGGCCAGGAAGUCUUGCGCAAAACCUUAGCAGAGAAAUUCUGCAUUCCCGAGUUCUUCUUUGAGAGACUCGGCUGGAAUGCCAACGGCAUGUUUGGCAGCGCUCAGAACCCAUCGCCGAGUACAACGGAAAAGAGCUUUGGGACCUACUCUCGGUUUCUAUCUAAGAAAGUCAAAGAGUUUCAGGAAGUGCAUGAGAGCACAUCGAGGGGACCGGCUAGAUCUGUGAAAGACCCCAAGCAUGGCAAACGGUCCACGCAAAGAACAGACAUGGAGAUCCCAGCCGCAAGCCCGGCAGCAGCCAGACAUAAUCUACAUGACAGGCAGACUUUUGUGGCUGAUUACGAAUGGAACUAUAUGGGAUUCUGUACACUGUGGCGAUCUCCUCACACCAAGUCCCAGGCCGAGUCUGCAGACGAGACCGUCUUGCUUCUCUGCUUCGACCUCGACACAGCCGGCAGAAACCGGCUGCGGUGCAUUUUAGAUAGCGCCAAUCUAACGGGCUGGCGAGAGGACCCGUUCUGGGUUCUUCAGUCUGUUCUUACAUUUGUCAUGAACCGGUUCGAGGAAGAUUUGUGGACAUUUCGGGACCCGGUUCGAUUCAUUGAAAAGACUCGUGGAAAUGGUGAAGUCGGCGCCUCGGCAGACGAAGGAGACGAUGCAUUUCAUGAUCUACGGAAGCGAUAUGCGCAGCUGCAUGAACUCUCGCGCCAUGUGAUUCACAUCUCCGAAACCAUGGAUGCAUCUACUAACGCCAUGGAGGCCAUCGUGCGAGACCAUACGCGGUGGCUUUCAUCCAUGCCUUCAAUCGCCUCCGAACAGGUGAUCAAAGCGCUGCUGUUCCGCGAGAAUAUCAUCUCCAACUUGAAUUUCCGUGCCAAGGCCUUUGUGGAUCGAAUGAACAACGAGAUCAAGUGUACCUCCAACUUCCUGGCUGUCGCCGAAAGCGCCACCUCCAGACAGAUCCUGAAUCAGACGCGAGGCGAGGGUAAAGUCCUGGCAGAUACCGUGUCAGCCUUAACGCUGCUGUUCUUACCGGGCACUUUCAUCUCGGGCUUCUUCGGCAUGAAUUUCUUUAACCUCGAAAAGAACGAUACCACCAAAGCCAUCGAGUUUACGACUCACCCUAAGAUUUGGAUCUUUUUUGUCUGCGCCAUCCCCAUCACGACCUUUGGCUUCCUUAUUUACAUGUCGGGCUUUGAUGUCCGCGAGUGGAUCCGGGACACUAGGGCGCUGGGACAGGGUCUUAUUGACCGUUGUCGGCCGUCGAGAGAUCCUGAUGAAGAAGCUAAUGCGAAGAAUAUUUGA